GGUUACCAGCGGUCUCAAAGCAAGCAGGGAGGACGUACGGAGGCCGGUAGCGCCCAUACCGUGCGCCAGUAGCAGUGAUGGAGGGGGUGACGGUGGGCCAGGUGUUCGAUGCUGAGUGUAUCCUCAGCAAGCGGCAGAGGAAGGGAAAGUUCGAGUAUCUGGUGAAGUGGAGAGGCUGGUCUUCCAAGCACAACAGCUGGGAGCCCGAGGAAAACAUUUUGGACCCGAGGCUGCUGGCAGCUUUUCAUAAGAGAGAACAAGAGCGAGAGCUUCUGUUUCAGAAGAAAGGCAAACGGCCCAGAGGACGACCCCGGAAGAUCCUGCCUCCACCUGCUGCCACCAAGGACAGCGGCUCAUCCUCCUCCUCCUCCUCCUCGGGCCUCUCGUCCGAGCCCUCCUCUUCCUCCGAGGAGGACGAAGAGCACGUCAAGAAAGCCAAGCCGAGUCCUCGUGUGCACCCCGUCCCCCAGAAGAGGCCGCAGAUCCUGCUGGCCAAGCCCGAUCCUCCCCGCAAGAAGAAGCGCGGGAGAAAGCCGCUGCACCCGGACCUGAAGGCUCUGCGGCAGGCGAAGAGUCUCCCCCCGCCCCCGCCUCCGCGCCACCACCAACCAAUCAGGUCGUCCCGAGAUGACCUGAGGCCCGGCGUGAAGAAGCCCCUGCAGCCGGCCAGCUUCACCUACCCUGGGCUGAGCCGGAGCUCCAGAGAGGAGGGGAGCUCCUCCUUCUCUCAGAGCUCCGGCUCCAAGCCCGCGUCCCUCGGCUGCAUCUGGACCGACCGCUCGCUCUCCGCCUCCUCCUCCUCCUCCCACAGCAAAGGCGGCCCGUCGCAGAAGCCCUCCGAGCUCCGCCGCUCCUUCUCGGAAACGGGAAGCGGCGGCGGCAGCAGAGCGGACGCCUUCAAGGCUUCCCUGAAACCCGGCGGGGCCUCGGCGCCUCCCGGCCUGCACGGCAGCUUCGGAGGACACGCCGUCGCCGCGCAGCGCCCCCCGCUGGCCCACAGGAGGCAGGAGGGCGGCCAGACGGGCCUGCUUCAACACAAACAGCAGAACUCCAGCUUCUCCAAACAGUCGCCGUCGCCCACGCCCCGGGAGCGAGCCAGCCAGGCGGCGAACCUACGAGCGCUCAACCUGCAGAGCGUCAGCAAGCUGCCGCCCGGCGCCGUCCUCCAGGGGGGCCCGCGCAGCGGCAAAGGAGCCGCGGCCGGCGGCGGCCAGCGCUCCGGGCCGCCGCCGGGCAGCGCCAGCGAGCCGGGCCGGAGCAGGGCGCAGCCCGCGGCGGGGAGCAGGCCGGAGGAGCGCAAGCACGGGCCGAGCUCUCAGGGCCGCAGCCUGAACGAGCUCAGCACCGGGGAGUCGGACAGCAGCAGCAGCGAGUCGGAACGCGACGCCUCGCCGUUCCCCGACGACAGCCGGCCGAGCGGCGGCGGCCGCGGCGCCGAGUCGGACACAGAGACGGACUGGAGGCCGGCGCGCAGCCUCAUGGAGCACGUCUUUGUAACCGACGUCACGGCCAACUUCAUCACAGUGACGGUGAAGGAGUCUCCCACCAGCGUGGGGUUCUUCAGCUCCCGGAACCACUGAGGAAGGUCCCAGGACUGCCGCUUCAGCUCGGGCGCCUCUCUGGCGUUGGAGCUCUGCAGCGAUGAAGGGACCCUCACACCGUUUGUUUCCAGUCAGACUCCGACUCAGCUUAACGGAGCAGCUCACGAAGGUUUCUUUGGUGUUCUUGGGUUUUCUGUCUGCUCUCUGAUACGUUGUGUUGCUGACAGCAGCUCUUGGUGACAGAAACACCUACAGAGGCUUUCAUCACGAGGUUGCAUUGGAGAAUUGAAAACAAGGUGUCUAAACGACGCUUGGGGUUUCUUCAGUUCACGGUCCGGUUCAUAAUCUGUUUUCCUCACCUUUUGUCUCCAGGCCUCAUACAGAGCCUGAAACACACCGCGGUUCUGUUGACCCGUUGCCCCCCCCCCCCCAGCGGUCGCUACCAGGCGUCAGGAUCAGUCUGUGGUGUCUUUUUGCCUUAAGUUAUGUUAUCAGCCUUGAGGAUGGGUGAAUAAAAGGAGUAAUGUUUUCAUGCUUAAUACACUAUAUUGCCAAAAGUAUUCACUACCCUAUGGAAACUGUACUGUGUACAGUUUGACGGGGGGAGGGAGGGGGAUUCGGACAUCUCCAUGCUCCUAAUUUCGUGGGAACAGUUUGGGCCCUUCCUCUUCCAACGUGUGCUGUGCACCAGAGCACGAAAGCGAGGUCCAUAAAGACGAGGAGGAUUCGUCUUUAUGGACGUGCCGUUGUCGGAUUCGGUUCAAAAAGCCAGGACCUCGUUAUUUCAGUUUUUUCUCGUUAACGGUGCAGCCGUGGCAGCAGCUUUUCAACAUUAGGAAUGUGAGGCUUCGCCGGCUACAAUAACAUCUGUGUGGGUCUAGGUCAGUUCCUUUCUACCCGUGUCUGUUUUUAUUGUGAUAUUUAUUCCUAAGUUGUCCCAGACGUGCUCAAAUCUGCCAUUGGAUCCGUUUUGACCUGAAAUGGUGCGCGGGGUGGCAGGGGCGACGUGACCAGCAGCCCAUCUCUUAGCGUUUCAGUGGCUCUGAGUGAGGCUGGGUUCAUCAGAGCCGUUCUGACUUCUGCUUAUUACUAGGCUUUGUGGUUCUGCUCGCUUUGGGCCUGUCCCUGCUUUCAGUUCAUUUUCCCAGCUAUUAUUUUGGCACUAAUACAAUUUAAAACUAGAGAAAGUCAGAUAAUCUAUGGAUUUUAUCCCCCCCACCCAUAAUGUACUUUUUAAACAGAUUCUGUUCAUCAGUGACAGAAACCAUUUGGCUCCAUGCAAGCUGAAAAUCCUUCGUAAAAAAACGAGCUGUCGAUGAAGCCGGAUCAGCUUAUUUCUUUUUAAAAGAAAAAAGAGAAUGGAAACUCACGCCAAAGAGGAGAACAGUGGCCCUUCUAACUUUCAGUGUUCGAGCGGACUCUCCUACACAGCUUAUAGGAGAAGCUACCUGUCUGAAAGUGAUCAUCGUAGUUCAAGACUCGCGUCUUCUGCUGGAUUUGGACCCAGAACCUAUCGGGAGGGUCUGUGUCCAAUGCAACCUCAGCCGUCUUUAUAAGGUUUCAACGUUGACGGCUCCUCUGCAGGUCCUCAGGUCUCAGCUGGACUCUCACUGCCACUUCUCACCUUUUUCCUGACGAUGUCUUCAAACCUUCCUGCUCCUGUCGGCUCCAUGCUUUCCCCCCACCGGACCUCACGUUUCUGUGUCUGAACUCUUCCUCAGAACUCCCGUCGGUUCUCCGUGUUAUUGUGUUUCUGGACCAAAGGUGUAUUGAAUGUGAACUGUUUUUUGUUCUGACCGGUAUCGUGGACGGUUAUCUCCCACACUAAGCACAGUACAGAUGUAAGCUAACGUCCCAGUAUCACAUUUACCCGUUUUCUACCAUUUAUAAUGCAUCAUUGCAGUGUCAUUUUGAAUUGUGUUAUUUAUAUUUGUAAAUAUUAUUAUUUUUUUCCCCCUUUAUAUCUGAUAUGGAUUUGGUGCUCGUGUCGGCCGGUUCGCUUCAGCUUCUUGUAGGCUGUGUUGCCUCUGUGCAGUCUGAAGGAUUUUGGAAAUAAAGCUCAAACAGCGGC